CUCGCUUUCACUCGUUCUCCCUCCGUGUGCAUCGAGGAGCUCUGCUGCCGUUGACCCCAGAUUUAUUUGUCCUCUAUCGGUUACCACAGGAUGGAUAACAGAUUUGACUUUAUAUCUCCUAGUUGUUUGUUCUUUUUGUACCUGUUGUCAGGAGGCACAUGUUCAGAAGCAGAGCACAAGCUUUUCUCAGUGAUAUUCUCCAACUACAAUCAGUACAUACGGCCUGUGGAAAAUGUGUCUGAUCCGGUCAUUGUGCAGUUUGAGGUGUCCAUGUCACAGCUGGUCAAAGUGGAUGAAGUCAAUCAGAUCAUGGAAACCAAUCUGUGGCUGAGACAUAUUUGGAAUGACUAUAAACUCAAAUGGGAUCCUAAAGAGUUUGGCGGCGUGGAGUUCAUCCGAGUACCAUCGAACAGAAUUUGGAAGCCAGACAUUGUUCUUUAUAAUAAUGCAGUUGGAGAUUUUCAGGUUGAUGACAAAACAAAGGCCCUCCUUCGCUACAACGGUGAUGUCACUUGGAUCCCACCAGCUAUAUUUAAAAGCUCCUGCAAGAUCGAUGUCACAUACUUCCCCUUCGACUACCAAAACUGUACCAUGAAGUUUGGUUCCUGGACUUAUGACAAGGCCAAGAUUGACCUUGUGCUGAUUGGUUCAACUAUCAAUCUCAAGGACUUCUGGGAGACUGGCGAGUGGAUAAUCAUUGAUGCCCCUGGCUACAAGCAUGAUAUCAAGUACAACUGCUGUGAGGAGAUCUACACUGAUAUCACUUACUCCUUGUAUAUCCGUCGCUUGCCUCUUUUCUACACAAUCAACAUGAUCAUCCCCUGCCUCUUAAUCUCCUUCCUGACAGUGCUCGUCUUCUAUCUGCCCUCUGACUGUGGUGAGAAAGUCACGCUGUGCAUCUCCGUCUUGCUGUCUUUGACCGUCUUUCUUCUUGUCAUAACAGAGACCAUUCCCUCUACCUCCCUAGUCAUACCUUUGAUCGGCGAGUACCUCCUGUUCACCAUGAUUUUCGUCACCCUCUCCAUUGUCAUUACCGUUUUUGUCUUGAAUGUGCACUACCGCACACCGAAGACACACACCAUGCCCUGCUGGGUGCGGCAUGUGUUUCUAGGACUGCUGCCCAGAGUGAUGUUCAUGACCAGGCCAGAGAGGGACCCGGAGAAGGUGACGGUGGCUGGAAGUGUUGAGACAAUGCAUCUGAGAACCUGCGCUGUCCACUCUUCAGGCACUCUGCAAAAGCAACACAAGCCCCAAGCUUUGGUAUCCAGUGUUGUGUCGAGCCUGACUAAGCGCCAGAGACUUUUCAACAACACAGACCUCUCCAACCUGAAUAACCUGAGCGAAGAAUCUGGUAAAUGUGUCAGCUCUGGCGUCCUGUGCUGUGAGGACAGAUGUAACUGCUGCUGGCAGAAGAGAUCGGGCAAACUGCCUUCAGACUCUGGUGGUGGAAGUGGUGGACUGGGCAGCCUGGGGGCCUUGACUGGCAGCACUGGUGUUGGGGUCAGACAGGACAGUCAUUGCUCCAGUUCUGAGUCUCUAGAUGGGGGAGUUUUGUCUCUUUUGCCUCUGUCUCCUGAGGUCAGGGAGGCAAUUGAAAGUGUUAAAUACAUAGCAGAAAACAUGAGACUUCAGAACGAAGCUAAAGAGGUUCAAGAUGACUGGAAGUAUGUUGCCAUGGUUAUUGACAGGAUCUUCCUCUGGGUUUUUGUGCUUGUCUGCAUCCUGGGGACAGCUGGCCUCUUCCUCCAGCCUUUAUUACUUGGGGAGGAUAUUUGAUUGAAUUUAUAAAAACUAUUACUCCACACCGCAGAAUUGCACACAGCUCUCAUAUACAGGAUGUGGUCUCUGUCUGAGUAGUGGAAAAAUAUAGGACACACAGUCAAGGAGAAAAAUGCCAGGAUUAAGUGUUUUUCUGUUUUGCUAUUUGUUUGACAACUUUAUCUUGGAUAUAUGGCAAAUAAAUCUGUGGCACAAAA